AUGGCUGUUGCAGCAGCCGAGGUGAUGAUCUACAAUGAAAACCGCAAGAAAUGGCAAGCUCCGGAUGGUGCUGAAGGGCAGAUCUCGAGCAUCCAAGUUCUGCACAAUGCUGUGCGGCAAACGUUCAGAAUUAUCGCGAUUAGGGAACAGGAUGGUGCUUGGGUUAUAAACUGCAAUAUUCAUCAUAAACUCAAGUAUCAUACUGCCACGCCAACGUUCCAUCAGUGGCGGGACGAGCAGCGACAGGUGUACGGUUUGAACUUUUCAUCAGAAAAAGAAGCCCGAGACUUUGUCUCAGCGGUUGGUCAAGCGAUUGACUACCUUAACCAUCAGUUUGUUCACGGAGGAGAGUACCAGGUCCCAAAUGGUAUGCUUUUUUCUUUUCUACAAUUUUUUUCUGGUUUAGUUUUUCUGCGUAUUAUGACAGAAACAAUUGUG